CCAUCCAUCCAUACAUACAUACACACUGAAUAUUCAUGCAGGUAUGUAUAAGUAUAUACAUGCAUGCAUGCAUGCAUAUAAUCCACAAUCUGGAUUCUGGAUUCUGGUAUUCGGAUCGCGAUCACAGCACAGCACAGCACAGCACAGCACAGCACAGCACAGCGAUAGCCAGUCGCGCUAUGCUGUGCUGCCAAGGAAAGUAACAGCAUGGGUACCUGAUUUAUUCUAUUAUCUUGUUGUUUGAUGAAGGAAGAGGGGAGGAGGGGAGUGUGGGUAAGCAGGAAUGGAAUUUGGUUGGUGGGAUAGUUAUACAUAUGUCAUUUCAAGGAUGAUGGUGGGUGUGGUUUGUUUGUUGGAUUCUGCAGUGUGUGUGUGUGUUACCUUGUUUCUGGGUUUUGCAGGCAAUAGAUCGGGAUCUGA